CCAGGUGCAACGCCUCAUCUCACGACCGUCGCUGGCAGAUUCAUCAGGCUGUGCACCACUCACGUCGGCGAAGAGCUCGCCAACUUAUCACAGAGACCUCCUGAUGGGCAGCACAUGACAAGCCCACGUUUCUCAACAUGGCGUCCAUGCUGGAAUUUCGUACCCCGGGCUACAAUCCUUACGCCGUCAAGUACUCCCCAUACUACGACUCACGCCUUGCUGUCGCCACUGCCGCCAACUAUGGCAUCGUCGGCAACGGUCGCCUCUUCUGCCUGGGCCUGAGCGCAGCCGGCGUCCAGUGCGAAAAGACCUUUGAGACAAACGAUGCCCAAUACGAUCUUGCCUGGUCGGAGCUCAACGAGAAUCAGCUCAUUGUCGCUUGCGGCGAUGGCUCCAUCAAGCUCUUCGACCUGGGGGUGGAGAACUUCCCUGUCAUGAACUUCCACGAACACAAGCGGGAAACGUUUUCGGUUUGCUGGAAUCCCGUCACCAAGGACAGCUUCAUCUCGAGUUCCUGGGAUGGCACCGCCAAAGUUUGGUCCCCCACGCGCAACGCCUCCCUCAAGACCCUCCCCGUUGGUUGCUGCACCUACAGCACCUCCUACUGCCCCUCGAACCCCGCCCUCGUCUCCGCCGUCUCCGCCGACUCUUCCCUGCGCAUCUUCGACCUGCGCACGCCCGUAUCGGCCAAGUACCACCUGACCAACGUGAUCCCCGUGCACGCGCCGGCCACGGGCGGGUCGGGUUACUCGCGCCUUGCCGACGGUUCCAUCUACUCGGGAACGGUACCAAACGAAGUCCUGACGCACGACUGGAACAAAUAUAACGACACGGUGAUCGCCACGGCCGGCGUCGAUCGCGUCAUACGCACGUUCGAUAUCCGCAACCCGGCCGGCGGUCCCCUGGCGCUCAUGACAGGCCACGAGUACGCGGUCCGCCGCGUUGCGUGGAGCCCGCACGCCAGCGACAUCUUGGUGAGCGCCAGCUACGACAUGAGCGUGCGCGUGUGGACGGACGGAUCCACGAUGCCGCAGCACGUUCAGCCACCGGUACCGAGCGGGCGCCAGCCUGACACUGUCCGUGCGGGAACUCAGUUGGGCCUUAUGAACAGGCAUACUGAGUUUGUUACGGGCGUGGAUUGGUGUUUGUUCGGUGCAGGCGGUUGGUGCGCGUCGGUUGGCUGGGACGAGAGAGUGCUACUCUGGGAUGCUGCGUCCCUGUUGCGUGGAUGAAGAAGCAGGUUGUUUGAAAAAGAUGGAAAAACGUAUUUUCUAUCAUUUUCGUUUUUUUUUUCUCGGAGAGUU